AUGGAGAAUGUCACUACAGUGAACGAAUUUCUUUUACUUGGUCUGACCAGUGUUCAGGAGCUGCAGCCUUUUUUCUUUGUGAUUUUCUUAAUCAUUUACCUGAUAAACUUGAUUGGAAAUGGAGCUAUUUUAGUGAUUGUUAUUUUGGAACCCAAACUCCACUCCCCUAUGUAUUUUUUCCUGGGAAAUCUUUCUUGUUUGGAUAUUUGCUGUUCUUCAGUGACACUGCCUAAGGUUCUAAUAAACCUUCUCUCCACUCGGACCAUAUCUUUCCUAGGAUGUAUCACUCAGCUACACUUCUUUCAUUUUCUGGGAAGCACGGAGGCCAUCUUACUGGCUAUCAUGGCCUUUGAUCGUUUUGUUGCCAUCUGCAGCCCACUUCUUUACAUUGUUAUCAUGAACCCCCAGGUGUGUAUUCUCUUGGCAGUAGUGGCCUGGGUUACCAGUUUCUUUUAUGCUAUGAUUCAUUCUGUUCUGACUGCAAACCUAAAGUUUUGUGACUUUCACAAACUCAAUCACUUCUUUUGUGAUGUCAAGCUCCUCUUGGAACUGGCCUGUAGUAACACACUACUCAAUCAAUGGCUUCUUUCGGUUGCCACAGGCAGCAUAUCCAUGGGAGCUUUCUUCCUGACUCUCCCCUCCUACUUCUAUAUUAUUGGCUUUCUUCUGUUCAAAAAUAAAUUCUGCAGAAUACUCCACAAGGCUCUGUCCCCUUGUGCCUCCCAUUUCAUGGUAGUGUUUUUCUAUGGACCUGUGGGCUUCAUAUACAUUCAUCCUGCCUUAGCCACCUCCAUGACUCAGGACUGGAUGGUGGCCAUCAUAUACAGUACAGUCACCCCGGUGCUGAAUCCAAUGAUAUACACUCUUAGGAAUAAAGAAGUGAUGUUGGCUCUGAAGAAAAUCUUUGGACAGAAGUUAUUUAAAGAUUGGCAGCAGCUGCACUGUGACUAA